CCCUUUAGGAAUAACGACCAUGCAGGCGCGCUACUCGGUUUCGAGCCCUAACUCGCUGGGCGUCGUGCCGUACAUUAGCGGAGAGCAGAGCUACUACCGUGCGGCGGCGGCUGGCGGCGGGUACGCGGGCAUGGCAGCGCCCAUGAGCAUGUACUCGCACGCCGCCCACGAGCAAUACCCGGGCGGCAUGGCGCGGGCGUACGGCCCAUACGCGCCUCAGCCGCAGCCUAAGGACAUGGUGAAGCCGCCUUACAGCUACAUUGCGCUUAUCACCAUGGCCAUCCAGAACUCGCCAGAUAAGAAGAUCACCCUGAAUGGGAUCUACCAGUUCAUCAUGGAGCGCUUUCCUUUCUACCGGGACAACAAGCAAGGUUGGCAGAAUAGCAUUCGGCAUAACCUGUCGCUCAACGAGUGUUUCGUCAAGGUUCCGCGUGACGACAAGAAACCGGGUAAGGGCAGCUACUGGACUCUUGACCCGGAUUCCUAUAACAUGUUUGAGAAUGGCAGCUUUCUGAGACGGAGAAGGCGCUUCAAGAAGAAGGACGCGGUAAAAGAUAAGGAGGACCGGCAGGUUAAGGACGCCACGUCUUCUCGUCCGACCCAACAACAGUCGCAGCAGCAGGGCCGAGAGCAACACGACACUUCGCCUGUACCACCCGUGCGUAUUCAGGACAUCAAGACUGAAAACGGUACGUGCACACCGCCACAGGCCGUGUCGCCUGCAUUAGGCACUGUUCCCAAAGUCGAAAGCCCUGACAGCAGCAGUAACAGCAUGUCUAGUGGCAGUCCGCACAGCUUGCCAUCAUCUUCGGCUCGAUCCGUGGGUAUGGACGGAGGCGCAGAACAACAGCAGCCGCAGCAGCAGCAACAACAACAACAACAACAACAACAGCAGCAGCAGCAGCAGCAUCAUCCACACCACCAACAACACCCUCAUCACGGGCAUGGGCACGGCGGCCACGCACAGGGCUUCAGUGUGGACAACAUCAUGACCUCGUUGCGCGGCUCGCCCCAAAGUGCUGGCGAGCUCGCCUCAUCGCGAACAGGUAUAAGCCCGUCGCUGUCCCUCAACUACUCCCCAACCCAGGCAGCCGCCUAUAGUUCGGCUUGCAACCAGAGCGCCGUCUCUACUACCUCGCAUGCGACAUACCACUGCAACAUGCAGGCCAUGAGCUUGUACGCAGCCGAGCGCGCUGGCACCACCGUCAGCACCUCCACAGUAGACGAGACUUUGCCAGACUACUCGAUCACGACCACGGCAGCCACAUCGUCCUCAUUGGGCCACCUUGGCGCAAGUCAAGAAGGCCAUCAUCCCCACACCCAUCAGGGCCGCCUCGCCUCGUGGUACCUGAACCAGGCCGGUGACCUGGGCCACCUCGGCGGGAGCUACCCGACCCAACAACAGAACUUUCAUUCGGUUCGUGAAAUGUUCGAGUCGCAGAGGAUUGGCUUGAAUAGCUCACCAGUGAACGGAAAUAACAGUUGUCAGAUGGCCUUUCCACCCAGCCAGUCUAUAUAUCGCGCAUCUGGGGCUUUUGUCUACGACUGCAGCAAGUUCUGA